GCUCCGCCACCUCACCUCAGUCACCCGAGUUUCCGGACGGUCACGUGACGGGUGGGCCUUUCCGAGACCGAGCAAAGAGCCCCUGGCUCUCGGCUUGGUUUCCGUGGUGCAUUCUGGGAGUUGUAGUCCCGCCCUCAUCUGUCUCACCUGCACCUCAAGGACACGUACCUUUUUUUCUUUUAAAAAAGGUUUUCAGUGAACAGCCCUAAGAACCAUGCAGUUUUCCAGUUUCAUCAGGGCUCCAGAAGAGACCUUUGACUAUUUGUUCAAGAUCAUCCUCAUUGGGGACUCGAAUGUGGGAAAGACAUGUGUGGUGCAACACUUUAAAUCUGGAUUCUAUACAGACACACAGCAAAACACAAUUGGAGUAGACUUCACUGUGCGCUCUCUUGAGGUGGAUGGGAAAAAAGUGAAGAUGCAGGUAUGGGACACUGCUGGCCAGGAGCGAUUCCGGACAAUCACCCAGAGCUACUACAGAAGUGCGAAUGCUGCUAUCAUUGCCUAUGACCUGACAAGGCGAUCCACAUUUGAAUCUGUUCCUCACUGGAUCCAUGAAAUAGAAAAAUACGGGGCAGCAAAUCUGGUCAUAAUGCUUAUUGGGAACAAGGCUGACCUAUGGGAUAAACGUCAUGUUCUUUUCGAAGAUGCUUGCACUCUGGCAGAGAAACAUGGCCUUCUUGCAGUUUUGGAGACUUCUGCUAAAGAGUCCAAGAAUAUUGAUGAAGUGUUCAUGCUAAUGGCAAGGGAGCUGAUUGCCCGGAAUGACCUGACCUUUUAUGGGGAGAGUCCACAGAACAACCUCCUCUUGGAUUCUAGUCCAAUUCUUAUUGCUCCAAGUCCAAGUUCAAAGAACCACUGCAAUUGUUAAAAGGAGGAAGAACAGGGGCAGCUAGGUGGCACAGUGGAUAGAGUACCGGCCCUGGAUUCAGGAGGACCUGAGUUCAAAUUCGGCCUCAGAUACUUGACAUUUACUAGCUGUGUGACCCUGGGCAAGUCACUUAACCCCAAUUGCCUCACUGAAAAAAAAAAAAGGAGGAAGAACAAAGUGGGAGGUAGAGUGUGCUGUUGGAGGGGCAAUCUCGGGAACCCAAAUGAGUCAGAAAUCUGGUUAACCAAUUAUUAGAUUUUAGACCUUGGAGUGGAUAUUCUUUUCUUCUCUUUAUGUUGCCCAGGCUUCCUUCCACAAGCAUUGUUGCUACUUUUGUCCUCAACAAAGAGAAACCUCUUGAACUGAAGGAAGUUCCAUUUAACUCAAGUAUUUUAUUACAUGUGUACUAUGUGGCAGGCAUGGUGCUAAGUGCUGGGAAUACUAAGACAAAAAUGAAAUAGGUUCUGCCUUCAAGAAGUUUACAUUCUAUUAAGAAAGGAUUCCUUUAAAGGCAAUAUAUAAGAGAAACCUUAAAGGAAAUUAGGGAUUCUAAGGGGCAAAGAUAAGAAGGGAGUGUUUCCAAGAAACAAGCCACCCUUUUUCGUUAGUCUUACUAUUAAAAUGAGGUUCAGUGUUGGGGGCAGGAAGGAUGGAUAAUGGUUCCCCCUUCAUUAGCCCUGGCCAAACCCUGAAUCUGGCUUUUGGCUGAAGAAAAGGAAGAGCCUACAGGUUGGGAGAAAAGUAGAGCAGAAUAUUAAGAAAAAGGAAAGGAUGGGAAGCACACUCUAAAGUGGCUUGUAUCUACUCACAAAUUGGGUUUUGUUUUGUUUUCUUUUUUAUUUUGUAGAGGAGUGUGGGGGAUUUAUGUAUAGUAUAAUUAAAGACAUCAAAGAAUAGCAGAACCUUGCAUCUAUAACUUUCCUUUCUGCCUUUGAGUUUUUGAGGGUUGGCAUAUUCCCCGCAGUAGGAU